GAGAGAGAAGGCCUCGGGAAAACCCGCAGGAAGCAGGAAAACCAACGCCACUCAGCUGUUUUAGUGGCGAGACCGCACUGACCCGGUUGGUAGCAUGAAGGAGCUGCGGAGAUCGCUUUCCUUGGUAGUGAGUUAAAGCCUAAAACCAAGAGAGCAAAAAGGUUUCUUGAGAAGAGAGAACCCAAACUCACAGAAAAUACGAAAAAUGCUAUGCUUAUAAAAGGAGGAAAUGCAAACUUAACGGUGACUGAAGUGCUUAAAGACAUCUAUGCUGUGAAGAAACCUUUUGCUGUACUGUAUAAAAAGAAAAAUAUUACCAGACCUUUUGAGGAUCAGACAUCGUUGGAAUUUUUUUCGAAGAAAUCGGAUUGUUCAUUGUUUCUGUUUGGCUCUCAUAACAAGAAGCGACCUAAUAACUUGAUAAUAGGUCGCAUGUUUGAUUAUCAUGUCUUAGAUAUGAUUGAGCUAGGCAUUGAGAAGUUUGUGUCUUUAAAAGACGUCAAGAACAGUAAAUGCCCUGAAGGAACAAAACCUAUGUUGAUAUUUGCUGGUGACAUAUUUGAUUUAAAUGAAGAAUACAGAAGACUGAAAAGCCUUCUUAUUGAUUUCUUCAGAGGUCCUAAUGUGCCCAGUAUUCGACUAGCUGGUUUAGAAUAUGUUCUGCAUUUCACAGCUGUAGAUGGGAAAAUUUACAUGCGAAGCUAUAAAGUGCUUCUGAAGAAAUCUGGCUGUAAAAUACCAAGGAUUGAACUGGAAGAGAUGGGACCUUCAUUAGAUCUGGUUAUGAGGAGAACGCACUUAGCUUCAGAUGACCUUUAUAAGCUGUCUUUAAAACAACCAAAAGGCCUGAAGGCUAAGAAGAAAAAGAAUAUCUCCCAUGAUGUCUUUGGUACAACUUAUGGUCGAAUCCACAUGCAGAAGCAAGAUCUUGGUAAACUGCAGACGAGAAAAAUGAAAGGGUUAAAAAAGAGGCCAGCAGAGAAGUCAGUUGAAGAAGAUGGUGGGAUUAGUCCCAAGAAAACAAAAUCAGCUUGAUAGUCUGGAACAGCUCUGAAAACUUUUCAUACCUUUAAAUUUAGUGUAUGUACUGUAACACAUGGUGUCAGACAUGGAAGAUUCAGCUGCAACUAGCUUUAGUUUUAUAAAAACAAUUUUUUAAUGACUUGUCAUUUGAAAGUGAAUAUAGGGAUAUUGAGCUUUAAAGUGGAAUGUGGUUAUUAAAAGGAAUACCGUGGUAUAACUCGCUUAGCUUUCCAAAGCUGGGUAUUUAUUCUAUUGGCGUUAGCAAACAUGCUAGUCAAGCAGGUGACUCAUUUCCCAAACAGCUUUAUGGCUGUUUUGUUGGGAAUCCUCGAUCUGUCAACUCAUCUUAAAUUCUGUCCAGGACCAAAGUAGUGUAUAUGCAUAACUUAUGCAGCAUGAUUUCAGGGUUCAUUUAUUGUUUAUGUAUUUCAGUUUUUGCACAACUGCAAUAUUCAAUAAACUAUUAAACAUUUUUUCUUAAGUGUAAACUCUGAAAAUCUAUGUGCCUGUGUCAGAAGCUAGACUGUUUUGCACCAAGCCCUGCUUCACAGUUGCAGAAUCGGGAGCGAUUAAGGUGUUUUUACUAUGUUCAUCACCAUGGUAGCAAAGUACCUGAUGUUUGCUUUGGGCAUAAAUGAAAGCUUUAUGGUUUGAAUUUCAAUCUUUAAUGCUUGAUUUGUGCCCAGAAUGGAAGGGGCAAAGGUAACUUAGUCUUUUUACUAAGAUAUCUAAGUAUACCAUGCUCCUUUUUACAGAAGGUGAAGAGACUAUGAAAGGUACAAGCCUUUUCUUCUUACCUGAGAUCUGCUUCCCUCCUAAGUUUAUGUCCAAGAGUUGAUGUGAUUAAGUGAGUUAGCAAAGAGUCGGUUAAAGAUUCAGCUAAAGGGGAAAACAGUUUCAGAGUUCGGUGUGUUGUUCUAAAUUUUGGAACAUACCAAAAAAAACAAGCUUUUUUCUUUCUUUUUGUCUCUUUGAAAGCUAUUACUCUAUGCUUGCAGCAUAAUUAUAUGAUGAAAGUGUAUAUCUUGAACACAUUUUUUACAUUUUUAAUACUUCUUUUCUUGUUAGUUUUCUCAAAGUAUAUUCGAUAUGUGGGUGGCUUGUUGUUUUUACUUGUCUCCUGCAUCCCAGAUGGAAGCUGUUGGGCAGGUUUGCUCUCCUUAUGUGGGCGCUGAGUCAUAAUUGUGGCUGUGUAAAUGCCACGUGCGAUGUUCUUGCUGUGCUGGUUUGAUAAAAUGAGCAGUGUGACAACCAAGGGGCUUCAAGGAUUUAGGCUCUUUUUGAGGAUACAUAGUUAAUGCAAACCCAAUAUGUUUGUCUGCUAAUGUACUGCCUAAAAAUAUAUUUAUUUUGCAUCAUUAUGUGAAAUAAAUUGCACUGCUGUCUCUA